CAUUGAUACACAUUAUAAUAUUUAAGAAGGAUUUAAGAAAAAAAAAAAAAACAAAAAAAUUACGUAAAUACAUAUAUACAUGCAUUGUCGGUAAAUGUCGGUAUAUUGACGCAUCACAUCCUAUAGAUAAAGCUAAAGAGAAAAACUUGGAAAAUAUCAUAAAAACUCGUUUCUAUAAUUUUGCAUACACUGAAGUAAAUAGAAGUUUUUUUUUUUUGUUUUUUUUUUUGUAUAUAAAAUAAUUAAUAAACAGAAUAUAUAAUAAAAUAAUGAGCAAAAUGUCCUCCACGAUUGAAAAGACGAAUUGUGAUACGUUGGCGUCUGUUGCUGCUUCACUAGCGACGACGACUGCCGGUGUCGCUGUUAAGGAAAUUGAAACGCUUAAACAAGCCUUGCAAGAAAAGCAAAAUCAACUCCUAGCAAUGGAAACGGUAUGCAUACGCGAGUCGGAACGUCAGGUUGAAUUGGAGGAUAGCAUAAUUGCUUGGCAAGAUAAAUACGAUCGCCUUUAUGAGUCACAUAAACGUGUACAGAAAGUUAAUCAAAGUCUGGAAGAUAAACUUUUAAAACUGGUCGACCGUAAUUCCGGUGAACGAGCUCAGCUAACUGGGGAUGUGGCCACGUUGAGUAUACGCUUAGCGCAGGCUAACUUUAACAUUGCUAAACUGCAAAGGGAAAUUGAACGUUACAAAGCUGAUAUUAGCUUGGCCAUACAAUUAUUGCACUGUAAACCUGAUAGUUUUCUACCACAAAAAGUAUCUGCGCUACCGCUCGAUAUACAAUCAAAGGUUUCGGCUUAUAUGCGCUUGGAAACGAAUUCGCAUUCAGAUUCGGAGAGUAGUAUUACAGGUGUGGGUGUUACAACUACAGCUGCCUAUAAAGUGCUUCCUGCUUCCGAUUCACCACCGCCGGCGCCUUGCCCCUUUCCACCAACCGCCAUGGUUUAUUCAAUGAGGGGCCUUGGUAAGUGUUAG